CAUCUGCAAACUCUCUUCGGUCUCUCUUAACAGGGAAACUCGGGUGUCUACAGGGAGAAAGAAGCUAAGAACUCUUCCGUAGCCGCGAUGGGUAUCUCUCGUGAUUCGAUUCACAAGAGGCGUGCUACUGGUGGGAAGCAGAAGCAAUGGAGGAAGAAGCGAAAGUACGAGAUGGGAAGAGUUGCCGCAAACACCAAACUUUCUAGCAACAAAACCGUUAGGAGGGUUAGGGUUCGUGGAGGAAACGUGAAAUGGCGGGCAUUGAGACUCGACACAGGGAAUUACUCAUGGGGAAGCGAGGCUGUAACUCGUAAGACCAGGAUCCUCGACGUCGUGUACAAUGCCUCUAACAAUGAGCUUGUUCGUACCAAGACUCUUGUCAAGAGCGCUAUCGUUCAGGUCGAUGCUGCACCUUUCAAGCAAUGGUACCUCAGUCACUAUGGGGUGGAGGUUGGCCGCAAAAAGAAGACCUCGGCUACUUCUGGCAAGAAAGAAGGAGAUGAAGGUGAAGAUGCUGCUGCUGCUCCCGAGGAGACAAAGAAGAGCAACCAUGUUUUGAGGAAGCUGGAGAAGCGUCAAUCGAACAGAUCUCUUGACCCACACAUCGAGGACCAAUUCACGAGUGGUCGUUUACUCGCUUGCAUCUCCUCGAGGCCUGGCCAGUGCGGCCGUGCAGAUGGAUACAUUUUGGAGGGUAAAGAGUUGGAGUUCUACAUGAAGAAGAUCCAGAAGAAGAAGGGCAAGGGUGCUGCUUAGGUUCGUUGGUCAGUUUUGUUGCUGUCUCAAUGCUGUCUGGUCAGGAUGUGAUGAGAGAGAUUUCAUACGCUUUUUUUAUUAUUCGGAUAAAGACAUUUUCUUAAAAUUCGAUCAAUGGAUGUUUAAUUGUUAAUUUCAUCUGUUUACGUUCCA